UAUAACUAUUAUAAAAAAAAAAACCCGCCUUGAUAUUUUAUCACUAUUCCCCCGGAAGCAGGAACUCACGCAUCGCUAGUUCUAGUGACAGACACUGACCAGAGUACUGUUGCAGAAGGAGGCAUUGAAUAUGGCUGACUUGUUGGAAUGGCCAAAGAAAGAUAAGCGCCGCUUGCUUCAUGUUGUCUACCGAGUUGGUGACCUUGAACGCACUAUCAAGUUCUACACUGAAUGUUUUGGAAUGAAGCUUUUGAGGCAAAGAGAUGUUCCGGAGGAGAAAUACGCUAAUGCUUUUCUUGGAUUUGGCCCUGAAGAAUCCCAUUUUGUUGUCGAAUUAACAUACAAUUAUGGGGUGACCUCGUAUGACAUCGGAGAUGGCUUUGGACAUUUUGCAAUUGCAACUCAAGAUAUUUACAAAUUGGUUGAACACAUCCGAGCCAAGGGUGGAAAUAUCACUAGGGAACCUGGUCCAGUUAAGGGUGGGACAACUGUUAUUGCCUUUGUGAAGGAUCCUGAUGGUUACACUUUUGGACUCAUCCAAAGGCCUGUAAUCCGUGACCCAUUUUGUCAAGUAAUGCUUCGCGUUGGUGAUUUAGAGCGUUCAAUUAAGUUUUACGAGAAGGCUUUGGGGUUGCAGGUGUUGAGGAAGGUUGAUAAGCCUGACUACAAGUACACUAUAGCUAUGCUUGGGUAUGGAGAGGAGCACGAGACAACUGUGUUGGAGCUGACAUAUAACUAUGGUGUCACUGAAUACUCUAAGGGAAAUGCGUAUGCACAGAUUGCUAUUGGUACUGAUGAUGUAUACAAGAGCGCUGAGGUAGUUAACCAAGUCAUACAAGAGGUUGGAGGGACGAUUACUCGGCAACCAGGGCCAAUUCCGGGCCUCAACACGAAAGUCACUUCCUUUUUAGAUCCAGAUGGAUGGAAAACUGUACUGGUUGACAAUGUUGAUUUCUUGAAGGAACUGAAGUGAAGAGAGCGAGCUUAACACGAAAUUAGUAGUCGUGGUGCUUUCGUAUGAAUAAGCUGUCUCGUAUUUUAUCAUUGUGUGUGUGUGUGUGUGUGUGUGUUACAUCAAUGUACCAGUGAUCAGCAUGUUUGCUUGCUUUUAUGGGAUUCUAUGCACAAUUGAAACCUCUGUGCGUAUGCUACAUUGCUACCUAUAAUUAAUCUACAAACUAAUCUGUCACAUGUUGAGUCCGGUUUUAAAAUCGGGUUAAUUCAUAACUU